AUCACUAAGUCAAAUUUGUUUUUAUUUUCCGCAAUUUUUAGUUUUAAAACUACAAUUUGUGCAUCAGCAAGUAUGGAAGAGACAUCCUCGGACCACCACAAGCGAAUGGAAUACUGCACCACUAGACUGCAGUAUCGUCAAGGACGAGAGCUGAAAGCUGUAAAGGUUUAUACAGUGGCCAGUGAGUCCAGGCACUUGCUGAUAUUCGGCGUGCCAAAGAUAAACCUUCAAGCGAAUCUGAAGACCAAGUUGCAGGGCUUCGGAAGGCUGGAGUCCUGUAUAUGCAUAACCUCAGUUAUGGCUUCAAAGAUGGAACUAGAGGCCUUUACAGACGUAUUUGCAGUCAAAUUCGAGCGUUUGGACGUAGCUAGAAGGGCAAAACGGAUGUUGGAUGCUCGCCCAUUCUACGGGGGCAUCCUCCACAUUUCCUACGCUCCGGAAAGGGAAUCCCAGCAAGAGCUGCGGGAGAAGCUGCUGCAGCGCGGGCAGGAGGUGGCUCUUCGCAUCCGUUGCAAUCGGCGGGAUGAGGACCCGCCGCCCAAAAAGAGCCGAGAAGCCAAAUGAAUAC